AUGCCUGGAGCGCCACGCUUCACCCAGAAGCCGUCCAUACAGCAGACACCUACGGGUGAUUUGCUGAUGGAAUGUCUUCUGGAGGCUGACCCUCCACCAACAAUCGCAUGGCAGCACGGUGGUAACGUGAUUUCACCGUCCGCACGUGUUGUGCAGCUUCUAACUCCACUAGAAGGAAUACUCUAUAAGGCAAAUCUUAUCAUAAAGGAACCAAAUGCUGGAGAUGGUGGCGCAUAUAAAUGCACAGCCAAAAAUCAGCUGGGCGAAUCUAAUGCCAAUAUUAAUCUCAACUUCGCAGGAGGAGGAGGUGACGAGCCCAAAUCAAAAGGACCAUCCUUUAUCGGAAAACCACGUAUAAUCCCGAAAGACGGUGGAGCCUUGAUAGUGAUGGAAUGCAAAGUCAAGAGUCCCACUCCACCGACAGCAAAGUGGAUGAAAGAUGGUGUACCUCUACAAAUGGGCGGGCUUUAUCACGCUAUAUUCGCAGAUCUAGGAGAUCAAACGUAUUUGUGUCAAUUGGAGAUCAGGGGUCCAUCACUUUCUGAUGCUGGCCAAUAUCGUUGUAAUCUUCGUAAUGAACAAGGUGAGACAAAUGCUAACCUCGCAUUGAACUUCGAGGAACCCGACCCAAAUGAGCGUCAGGAGAAAAAGAGUCGACGCUCACCAUCCGAGAAACGUAAGGACGCAUCCUCACCACGUCCACCAUCUCGAAGUGAAAAAUCUUCACGUCCAGGAAGUCCGAAAAAAUCGAUGAAAUCAAGAGAAGGCACUCCAAAGAGGGGCUUAAAGGAUAAAGAAGGAUCACCUGCAAAGAAGUCGAUGAGGUCCCGAACAUCGACUCCGGUACAGGAAUCCGCAAACACAUUAGCCCCAGAGGAUGCUGUCUCUCCAGGAGAUUCAAGACGCUCCAGCAAAAAUAUGAGUAAAAUGGAAGUAGAUUCAGCUGUAAAGAGAAAACCGGAAGGACUUCCUGUCCCGCCGUCACAAACUGAAGAAAAGAAGAUGCGCACGUCUUCACCAGUUCCUUCCGAAUCCUCGAAGCAGCAGCAGGAUCUAUCCAGAACCGAGUCGCCAGCACCUCCUGAGCCGGUUAAAUCGCCGCUUAUUUCUGAGCCCAGCAAGUCACGUGCUUCUCCAGAAUCAGUCAAAUCGCCGUCCAAAUCCCCCGUCCCUCCCGAACAAGCGAAAUCGCCGGCAAAAUCACCAGCGCCUUACGAGAGCGUGAAAUCACCACCACGUCAACGUACGCCUGAACCUCCAAAACAGCAAGAUUCAGCGAAAAGAGAGAAAUUCAAGCGACCACCGAUCGUUAUGGAAGCCAGUAAAUCCAAGACUGGUAAGAAAGGUGACACAGUGGUGUUGGAAGUUGAAUGGCAAUGCCAUACCUCUACUGUUAUCACAUGGUACAAGGAUGGAGAGAAGAUAACAAUGAAUAAUGACUACCGUGCCACAUUUGAUGGAGUCAACGCUCGUCUAACAGUGAGUGAUUUGACCGAAGAGAAGACUGGACUCUAUAAAUGUCAAGCCGUUUGCGAGUACGGUGAAAGUCAGAGUAGCGCCAUAGUAAAAAUGGAAGCCUCAGAAGAAGAAGAAACCCCACGAAAACGUAGUAUUCCCGAACCGCCAAUGGAAAAACAGCCACCGGAGAAGAAACAAUCGUUAGCAGUUCCGAAAGAAUCCGAUGAGGAGACCAGUAUUUCUCAAUCGUUAGCUCCUGAGACGAAAAAGAGGAGUAAAAGUAAAAGUCCUGCACGCAGAGCGAAAAGUCCAAAGCCAGAGAAAACACUCGAUGAACUUCCAAAACAGAAAGUUCUUCGACCAGAUCCAGAUGAGGAAUCACAAGCUGAUGAUAUUCCGUCAUCAGGACUGGUAAUCCCUGAGGAACGACGUCGGGAACUACUUGGCGACGAAAGCGAGGACGAGAUCACCGAAUCGAUCUCGGAACUGCCCUCGUUCUCCGGAGCGAAAACCCGCAAGCGUCCAUCCGAGCGAAUGAGUUCGCAAAAGGUCUUGAUCGGUUCGGCGAAACAGGCCCGUCCCAGCCCAAUUCGCCGUCAGAUCAAGGAUGAUAUGAGUCAGGAUAGUCUUAUGACAAGCUCUCGAUCACUCGACAAAAGUGAUUCAAUGUCGAGCAUCCCUUCUAUAGAUAUGGAUAAAGAGCCCCAAGGGCAAACAGAAGUGAAAAAAGUCUCUAAGACAAAGAAAACUUCCACUAAAGUCAAUAAAGUGAACGGAAAAACCGCUACCGCUACGGUCGAAACAUCUUCCAAAGACAGUGCUACAGUUGUGAAGAAAAAAUUAAAAUCGACCGUAGAUAGCAGAGCCGACACAUCAGACGAUGCAAGUUCUUUACGGUCAAGAUUGAAGCCAGUGAAAAAGAAGGAAGAAUCGGUGGAUGAUUCCAUAAAGUCAUCAAAAUCAGAGGCGGAAGGAAAGGAUAAAACAGACACAUCGAUGCCGACGAUGAUGAAGAAGUUGCGACCAGCUCCAGGCAAGCAGGGCAUGUCCAGCAACGCUAGCAAGACGACCAGGGAACCGAAUGGUGGCGCUGAGGAUGAUGAUAAGCCAAAACGAGUCGGGAUUGCAGCUCGACCCGGCGAGAUUGACACUUCUGGCAGAAUCGAUCCAAAGGAACUGUUGAGAGGUCGUCAAGUCGGCAGAAAAUCACCGGCACCACCUGCACAGCAGGCUGAAGCGAAAGCGAGCUUCUUGCAACAAGUUCAGCUGAAAAAAGUUGAAAAAGUUGCGAAACAAGGGAAAGAAAGUGGUCUAGAAGGAGUGAAGCUAAAACCCGUCACCAACGACGAUGAUCUUAGCGAAGCUUCCGGAAGCGAGAUGGAAUCACGUUCAAGACGUGGAUCUAUGCUGGAUCCAUUCUUACGCAGAGGCAGCGAUAUUCGACGGGAUUCACUCCGACGAAGCAGUAUCGACAUGAGAAGAGAAUCAGUUCAAGAAAUUAUGGAAAGAGUCUGCACUCCGUUGGUCGCGAAAGGUCAAAAAGGAAAGCCUCCUAAGAUCGUCGAAGUGCCCGAGAACGUUACUGUCGUCGAAAAUGAGACUGCCGUUCUACAAUGUAAAAUCGAAGGUGAUCCCGUCCCAACAGUACGUUGGGCGAAAGGAAAUCGUGAAAUUUUAAACGGUGGACGAUUCCGUCAUAUGACCGAUGGAGAGACGAAUACCGUAUCGUUAGCGUUGCUUAAAUGUCGAUCACAGGAUGAUGGGCCUUACACCUUAACAAUAGAAAAUAAGCAUGGAUCGGAUACAAUCGACAUCAAAUUAUUAGUCACAUCAGAUAAUGGUUUGGACUUCCGAGCGAUGCUCAAGCACAGCGCUCAACAGCGCAAAUCUAAACUCAAGAACAGGGAAUACGAGCCAUCGGGUCAAAAAGAGGAAGAAUCACAGAAACCGAUGACUGAGGCGGAACGACGGCAGUCUUUGUUCCCGGGAAAGAAGGUCGAGAAAUGGGAGCAUCCGCUGGAAGACAAAACCGUACAGCAACAGGUAGACAAAUUCGCGGAAUGGAAAUGCACAUAUUCCCGUCCGAAUGCAAAAAUCAGAUGGUACAAAGAUCGAAAAGAAAUCUUCUCUGGAGGCUUAAAAUACAAAAUUGUAAUUGAGAAGUCACUUUGCACGCUGAUCAUCAACAACCCAGAGGUUGAUGAUUCCGGCAAAUAUACAUGUGAGGCGAAUGGUCUGCCGACCAGUGCUGUUCUCACAGUUCUAGAACCACCGAUGAAAUACUCGUUCCUGAAUCCUCUACCGAAUACUCAAGAGAUCUAUCGAACGAAACAGGCGGUGCUCACAUGUAAAGUGAACUCGCCACGUGCACCACUCGUCUGGUAUCGAGGCAACAAUCCUAUCGAUGUAAAUGACAAACGUUACACCAUAGAAAAAGACGCGGUCGGCCGAUGUACUUUAACGAUCAAAGAAGUCGAACAGGCCGAUCAAGCUGAAUGGACAGCACGAAUUACGAACGAUGUGUUUAGCAAAGUUCAAGUUUAUGUAGAAGAACCGCGACAUACCUUCGUCGUUCCAAUGAAGUCCCAAAAAGUCAACGAGAAUGAUGUCGCCACAUUGGAAACAGAUGUGAACGACAGAGAUGCUGACGUUGAAUGGUGGCAUGACGGAGUGAAAAUUAAUGUCGAUGGAAAGAAAUAUAAGGAAGAACGUGUAAGUCGCAAACGUCGACUAAUCAUCACAUGUGCAAAAAUUGAGGAUCAUGGUGAAUACAAAUGCACGACAAAAGACGACAAAACCAUGGCACAACUUAUUGUUGACGCUUUGAACAAAUUCAUUAUCAAAUUGAAAGACCUCGAAGUAGUCGAAAAAGAGGACGUCGUUAUGACAUGUCAAACAAAAGACACAAAAACACCCGGAAUAUGGAAUCGAAAUGGAAUUAAAAUCACUAGCAUGCCUGGUGGAAAAUUCGAGACUCAAUCCCGAAACGGUACGCAUACGCUGAAGAUCAGUAAAAUUGAGAUGAACGAGGGUGAGAAUUACGAGAUCGACGUGGCAGGCCUGAUUGGCAGCUGCGUUGUGACCGUACUUGAGGCCGAAAAACGUCCAGUUCUCAACUGGAAACCGAAGAAAAUUGAGGCCAAGGCAGGAGAACCAUGUGUUGUAAAAGUCCCAUUCCAAAUCAAAGGCACAAGACGAGGUGACCCGAAACCAGUAAUUCUACGAAAUGGGAAACCUAUCGACGAAAGUAUGAAAGAUCUUGUCGAAGUUGUGAUCAAUGGUGACGUUGUUGAGAUCAAAUUCAAAAAUCCACAGCUUGCCGAUACCGGUAAAUGGGCGCUGGAACUCGGAAACUCGGCCGGAACAGCUCUUGCUCCAUUUGAACUAUUCGUUAAAGACAAACCGAAGCCACCGAAAGGCCCGUUGGAAGUGAAAAAUGUUACUGCUGAAGGCUUGGAGCUGAAAUGGGGACAACCGGAUUCCGAUGAAGGUCAACCGGUAAAGGCGUACAUUGUUGAAGUGCAAGAAGGACGAAGUGGAAAUUGGAAGAAAAUUGCAGAGACGAAAGGAACUGACUUCAAAGUGAAAGACUUGAAGGAGAACGGAGAGUACAAAUUCCGAGUGAAAGCUGUUAACGAUGUUGGAGUCUCCGAUCCACUUACGGGAGAUACAGUGAUCGCUAAAAAUCCGUACAAAGCGCCAGGGAAACCAAGGAACAUGGAUGUGGCCGAUAUGAGUAAGGAUCAGCUGACUCUUCAGUGGGAUCCGCCAGAGGAUGACGGACAAUCGCCAAUCAUCGAAUACGUGGUUGAGCGAAGAGAAAAAUCCGAGAAAGAUUGGCGUACCGUCGGCACCACUCCAGCAGAAGGAUUAGGAACACACUAUCUGACCGACGAUAAGGUCGUCGAAGGCACAGAAUAUUACUAUCGAGUAAGAGCUGUCAAUAAGGCAGGACCUGGAGAUCCAUGCGAUCACGGAAACGCGGUGAAGAUCAAAGCAAAACCAGUUGCACCCGAAUUCCCCGGUGGUGGUAUCAAGGAUCUCCGGCUCAAGGUUGGAGAAACAAUCAAAUACGAUGUGGCUAUCACCGGUGAACCAGUUCCUGAAGUUUCAUGGGUGGUCGAUGGAAAACCAUUGAAACCCGUAGGAAGGGUUAAAAUGAGCACUGAACGAGGAAAAACAAAGCUUAAGAUUGAAAAUGCUGAAAGAUCUGAUUCUGGACAAUUCACUAUUAUACUGAAGAAUGCUAGUGGAAUAGCAGACAGCACCGCUAAGGUUACUGUAGUUGGUCGGCCUACUCCACCAAAAGGACCACUCGAUAUCAGUGAUAUCCAUACUGAUGGAGCAACAUUGGCCUGGAAUCCACCGGAGGAUGAUGGUGGCGAUCCACUCACCGGCUACAUCAUUGAGGCACAGGAUAUGGAUAACAAGGGCAAGUAUAUCGAGGUGGCCCGUGUCGAUGGAAAGACAACGGAAGCUAAGGUAAAAGGUCUACGCAAUAAAGGAAACUACAAAUUCCGGGUGAAAGCAGUGAACAAUGAAGGUGAAUCGGAACCGCUGAAUGCUGAUCAGUACACCUUGAUCAAGGAUCCAUGGGAUGAACCAGGAAAACCUGGUCGACCUAUGGUUACUGACUACGAUGCGGAUAGAAUCGACCUCGAAUGGGAUCCUCCAUUGAAAGAUGGCGGUGCUCCUAUUGAAGGAUAUGUGGUCGAAGUUCGCGAUCCGGACACUAAGGAAUGGCGAGAAAUUGCGAAAGUAGACGACGCAAAAGCUUCUAUCGGUGGAUUAAAAGAAGGCAAAGAAUAUCAGUUCCGUGUCAAAGCUUUCAACAAAGCAGGACUCGGUGCACCUUCAGACGCAUCCGAAAAACAACUCGCCAAACCGAAAUUCAUUCCGGCAUGGUUGAAGCACGAUUGCUUGAAGAGUAUUACGGUAAAAGCUGGUCAAACCGUUCGAUGGGAAGUGAAAAUCGGUGGAGAACCAGUACCAGAAGUUUUCUGGACAAAAGAAGACAAACCUAUUGAACCUUCACUGAAUCUCAGCAUCGACACCAAACGUAACGAUCACACUAUUCUAUGCAUUCCAUCAGCUGUACGUGCUGAUAGAGGAGAAUACAGAUUAUCCGUGAAAAAUUCCUAUGGUCAAGAUACAGAGGCCGCUAAUUUGACGGUGCUUGACCGACCUUCUAAGCCUAACGGACCGUUGGAAGUCUCGGAUGUGUUCGAGGAUAAUUGUAAUCUUUCGUGGAAACCACCAGACGACGACGGCGGUGAACCAAUCGAUUAUUACGAGGUCGAGAAACUUGACGUGGACUCCGGUCGAUGGGUGCCUUGCGCAAAGGUACACGACACGAAAGCUCACGUCGAAGGUCUGAAAAAAGGACAAUCGUAUCAGUUCCGCGUCAAAGCUGUUAACAAAGAAGGACAGUCUGAUCCACUCGCUACAGAGAAGGAAACUAAAGCGAAGAAUCCAUACGACGAGCCCGGAAAGCCGCACACACCAGAAGUCACCGACUGGGACGCAGACCGCGUAUCACUCCAAUGGGAACCACCAGAUUCGGACGGCGGGGCUCCAAUCACACAGUACAUAAUCGAGAAAAAAGGAAAGCACGGAAGAGAAUGGCAGGAAUGCGGCAAGGUUUCUGGAGACGAGACAACAGCUACGAUCCUCGGCCUUAAGGAAGGUGAAGAAUAUCAGUUCCGAGUAACCGCAGUCAACAAAGCGGGCCCUGGAGAAGCUUCUGAUCCGAGCCGAAAGGUUGUGGCUAAGCCGAGAAAUCUGAAACCAUGGAUUGAUCGCGAAAAAAUGAAAACGAUAACCAUCAAAGUUGGCCAAGAUGUUACCUUUGAUGUGCCUGUUCGAGGUGAACCACCUCCAGAAAAGACAUGGACAUUCAAUGAUCAACCGAUAUCCGACAAAAAAAUCACCAUCGUCGAUGAGGACUACCGUACCGAAUUUGUGCUCCGAGGCGCCACUCGUGCUCACGCUGGAAAAUACGGUCUUACUGCAAAGAAUGCCAGCGGUACUGACAGUCAUCAAGUAGAGGUUAUCGUUCUCGGAAAACCCGGUGCACCUGAGGGUCCACUGGAAGUGAGCAACGUGUUCGAGGACAAAUGCGAUCUGGAAUGGAAGCCUCCAGAGGACGAUGGAGGUGUCCCAAUUGACCAUUAUGAUAUCGAAAAAAUGGACACAGCAACGGGCCGAUGGGUUCCCUGCGGGCGUGCCGAAGGCACAAAAGCCACAGUGAACAAUCUUCAGCCAGGUCACCAAUACAAAUUCCGAGUACGUGCUGUCAACAAAGAGGGCGAAUCAGAUCCAUUAGCCACAGACAAGGAGAUUUUGGCUAAAAAUCCAUACGAAGCUCCUGGAAAGAUUGAAAAGCCCCAAGUCACUGAUUGGGACAAAGAUCAUGCGGAUCUUGAAUGGAAACCUCCAGCUGACGAUGGAGGAGCACCAAUUGAGGAGUACAUCAUUGAACAGAAGGACAAGCAUGGACGAUGGGAAGAGGUGAUGACCGUACCCGCUGGUCAGACACAAGCUACCGUAGGCAAUCUGAAAGAGGGCGAAGAGUACCAAUUUCGAGUUGUUGCCAAAAACAAGGCAGGACCUGGAGAGCCAUCUGACCCCACCGACAAAAUCAUCGCUAAAACUAGAUUUUUGGCUCCUCAUAUCCACCGUGAGGAUCUCUCGGACACAACCGUACGAGUCGGUCAACAAAUCAAAUUCAACAUCCAUAUCGAUGGUGAGCCAGCGCCUGAUGUCACAUGGACGUUCAACGACAAGGGCAUUGGAGAAAGCAAAGCACAAAUCGAGAAUGAAGACUACAUUUCCCGUUUCAAUAUCAACAAAGCUGUUCGUAAACAAAGUGGCAAAUACACCAUCACAGCCACAAACGACAGUGGAACGGAUUCCGUUACUAUCACGAUUAAAGUGAAGAGCAAACCAUCAAAGCCAAAGGGUCCCCUGGACGUCAAGGACGUAUUCGAGGAUCGAGCCACCCUAAGCUGGAAGCCGCCGGAGGAUGACGGUGGAGAACCGAUCGAUCAUUAUGAGAUUGAGAAGAUGAGCACCAAGGAUGGGAUUUGGGUCCCAUGUGGACGCACUGCUGACACUGAGUUCAUGGUGGAUACCUUGAACAAAGGAGAUCAUUAUAAGUUCCGAGUUAAAGCGGUGAAUAGUGAAGGAGCUUCGGAUCCACUUGAAAGUGACACCGAUGUGCUUGCAAAGAAUCCAUUUGAUCGACCAGACAAGCCAGGAAAACCUGAACCAACUGAUUGGGAUAGCGAUCAUGUCGACCUGAAAUGGGACCCACCGCUUAACGAUGGUGGUGCUCCGAUUGAAGAGUAUCAAAUUGAGAAACGCACCAAAUAUGGAAGAUGGGAACCCGCAAUUACUGUUCCCGCCGAUCAAACAACAGCAACCGUGCCGGAUUUGACGGCUGGUGAGGAGUACGAGUUCCGUGUUAUCGCCGUCAACAAAGGAGGACCUUCUGAUCCUAGCGAUGCCAGCAAACCUGUUAUUGCGAAGCCGCGCAACUUGGCACCAAAGAUUGACCGAAGUGCAUUGAAAGAUCUGAAGGUGAAGGCAGGUCAAGCAAUCGGCUGGGACGUGCCAGUAGAGGGUGAACCAGUCCCUACAGUCACUUGGUCAUGGCCAGAUAAUCGUGAAAUCAGAAAUGGAGGACGUGUGAAAUUAGAUAAUCCUGAGUAUCGUUCCAAAUUGCACAUCCGUCAAAUGGAACGCGGCGACAGUGGCACGUACGUGAUUCGAGCUGUGAAUCCAAAUGGUGAAGACGAGGCAACCGUCCAGGUCACUGUCAUAGACAAACCCUCUCCACCAAACGGCCCACUUGAAGUGAACGAUGUCCAUGCUGAUCACUGUACCCUCGACUGGAAACCGCCAGACGAUGACGGUGGUAUCCCAAUCGAGAAUUACGUCAUUGAGAAGUUUGACACUGCAACUGGAAGAUGGGUUCCAGCAACUAAGGUGUCCGGAGAUCAAACAUCUGCCGUUGUGGAUGGCCUGAUCCCAGGACACGAAUACAAGUUCCGAGUGGCUGCAGUAAAUGCCGAAGGAGAAUCUGAUCCGCUUGAGACGUUCAGUUCCACACUGGCAAAGGAUCCAUUCGAUAAGCCAGGAAAGACUAGCGCUCCAGAGGUCACAGAUUGGGACAAAGACCACGCCGACCUCGCAUGGAAUCCUCCUGCAAACGAUGGUGGUGCUCCAAUUGAGGGCUAUGUGGUCGAAAUGAAAGAGAAGUAUUCACCAUUCUGGAGUGAGGUAGCUCAGGUCCCAGCGGAUCAGACAACCGCAACUAUAGGAGAUCUUAAAGAAGGAAAUGAAUAUGAAUUCCGAAUUCGUGCCAAAAACAAGGCAGGCACCGGUGAUCCGUCAGAUCCUUCACAGACAGUGACAGCUAAAGCCAGAAACGUUCCUCCUGUAAUCGAUCGUAGUGCGUUGAAUGAGAUAAAGGUCCGAGCUGGACAAGAAGUCCAUCUCGUAGUGCCGGUAUCCGGUGAACCACCUCCAGAAAUCUCAUGGGCAUUCGAGGACAGUCCUGUAGAAUCAGAUGAUCGCAUUAAGAUCAACAACAACGAAGACUACAAGACCAAAUUCCUGAUAAAGCGAGCUCUUCGUUCCGAUACCGGAACCUACGUGAUUACGGCAAAGAACGAAAACGGAACAGACACUGCUGAGGUGAAGAUAACGGUACUGGAUCAUCCUGGAACACCUCGUGGACCACUUGACGUUAGUAAUGUGACUAAAGAAGGAUGUGAUUUGGCAUGGAAAGAACCGGACGAUGAUGGAGGAGCCGAAAUCGACCACUACGUCAUAGAAAAGCAGGAUGCGAACACAGGUCGAUGGACAAGUUGUGGAGAAAGCAAAGACACAAAUUUCCAUGUCGAUGACCUCGCUCAGGGUCACGAGUACAAGUUCCGAGUCAAAGCCGUGAACCGCUAUGGUGAAUCGGAUCCCCUCGAAGCGAAUCAAUCUAUCAUUGCGAAAGAUCCAUUCGAUCUCGCUGACAAACCCGGUACUCCCGAGAUUGUCGAUUGGGACAAGGAUCACGCUGAUCUCAAGUGGACACCACCUUUGGAUGACGGAGGAGCUCCAAUCGAUGAGUAUCUUGUCGAAAUGAAGGCUGGAAACGGCGAUUGGGUCCCGGCGACAAAAGUACCGGCCGAUCAACAAACAGCUACGGUCGAAAAUUUGAAGCCAGGACAAACGUAUCAGUUCCGCGUUAAAGCAUUAAACAAAGCCGGAGAAUCACGACCAUCUGAUCCUAGUAAAGCAAUGAUCGCUAAGCCAAGAAAUUUGCCUCCAAAAAUUAAUAGAGAUAUGUUUAACGAUAUAAGAAUCAAAGCAGGACAAUCAAUUAAUUUCGAUGUGAAUGUGGAAGGUGAACCUACACCUAAGAUUGAAUGGUUCCUAAACGGACAACCGAUUCAAUCCUUGGGGAAGACAAAAAUCGAUAAUUCGAAUGACAAUAACACUAAGCUGGACACAAAAGAUGCUGCUCGAGCGGACAGCGGCAAGUACAAGAUCGUGGCCACAAACGAGAACGGACGUGACGAAGCUGAAGUGACCGUCAACGUUCUAGAUAUUCCUGGCGCACCCGAAGGACCAUUAUCCGUCAAGGAUAUCACUAAAGACGGUUGUUCAUUACGGUGGAAUCCUCCGGAAGAUGAUGGCGGCUCACCGAUCACUAACUAUAUCGUAGAGAAACAAGAGGAUGGUGGCCGAUGGGUGCCUUGUGGUGAAACUGCGGACACCAAUCUGAAAGUCGGAAAAUUGAAUGAAGGUCACGAGUACAAGUUCCGAGUCAAGGCAGUGAAUCGACAAGGAGUAUCAGCACCACUUCAAACUGAUCACGCAAUUGUGGCUAAGAAUCCCUUCGACGAACCUGGCGCACCAACCGAUGUCACUCCCGUCGAUUGGGACAAGGAUCAUGUGGAUCUCGAAUGGAAGGCACCUGAAAAUACUGGGGGUGCCCCAAUAGAGCAGUACAUCGUCGAGAAGAAAGACAAAUACGGAGAUUGGGUGAAAUGUGCUGUGGUGGAUGGGAAAACAACAAAAGCGACAGCUAGCAAUCUUGUGGCUGGAGAAACUUAUCAAUUCCGUGUGAAAGCUGUCAAUAAGGCAGGUCCUGGAAAACCAUCCGAGCCCACUGGAAAUAUUGUGGCAAAGCCAAGAAAAAUGGCCCCGAAGAUAAGCCUCGCUGGCCUGUUGGAUCUGCGCAUCAAGGCUGGCACUCCAUUGAAGCUGGAGGUGGUAUUCGAAGGCGAACCAGCUCCAACCGCGCGAUGGAUGGCCAACGACACCGCUCUGGACAGCAGUCCACGAGCCGAUAUCACAACCACUGCAACAACAUCGGAAUUGCACAUUUUCUCGAGUGUUCGUGGCGAUACCGGAUUGUAUACGGUCACCGUAGAGAAUGAACAUGGCAAAGACAAAGCUCAAUGUACUGUCACCGUACUUGAUGUACCCGGUGCUCCAGAAGGACCACUAAAAGCUAAUGAAAUCCACAAAGAAGGUUGUACUCUGACAUGGAAACCGCCAAGUGACAACGGAGGGUCUGAAAUCUUGCACUACCGCGUCGAGAAGAUGGACACAUCACGAGGAACAUGGCAGGAAGUAGGCCAGUUCCCGGAAUGCACUGCCAAAGUGGGAAAGUUGAUCAAUGGCAAGGAAUACCAGUUCCGAGUGAUGGCCGUCAACUUGCAAGGAGAAUCGAAACCAUUGGAAAUGACCGACGCCAUCAUCGCCAAAGACGAAUUUGAAGUACCCGAUGCAGUCGAUAAACCAGAAGUGGUGGAUUGGGACAAGGAUCGAAUCGACAUUCAAUGGAAACCACCAACGAACGAUGGUGGUAGUCCAGUGAAGACUUAUGUUGUAGAGAAGAAGGAGAAGGGUAGCGCUCUGUGGACUGAAGCUGGAAAAACAUCCGGCACAAACUUCUCAGCCAAUAACCUCAAACCAGGCGUUGAGUAUGAAUUCCGUGUCAUAGCAGUCAAUGAAGCUGGUCCUUCAGAACCAUCCGAGCCUACUGAUGCUCAGAUCACAAAACCCAGAUACUUGAAACCAAAAAUCCUUACUCAAAACCGUAAGAUCAAGAUCAAGGCAGGCUAUACUCAUACAAUGGAGGUUGAAUUCGACGGAGCGCCAGAUCCGACAGCAACGUGGGCGUUCAAGGAAGGUCAAGCGCUUCCAUCAGAACUUCUGGUCGAAUCCAAACCAGGCGUCACUAGCAUCUUCUUCCCAAGUGCGAAAAGAUCCGACAGCGGAUUGUACACGCUUAAAGUUAAGAAUGAAGUUGGAGAAGAUGAGGGUGUCUUUGAGGUAACAGUGCAAGAUCAUCCUUCUGCACCUGAGGGACCGCUGGAAGUGUCCGAUGUGACAAAGGAUAGUUGUGUGCUCAGCUGGAAUCCACCCGCUGAUGAUGGAGGCUCAGAGAUCACAAAUUAUGUCGUCGAAAAACGAGACACGAAGACGAACACUUGGAUGCCAGUCUCGACAUUCGUCACAGGAACGAAACUAACCGUGCCAAAACUUGUGGAAGGACAUGAAUACGAAUUCAGAGUCUCGGCCGAAAAUGCAUUCGGUCGAUCGGAUUCGUUGAACACCACAGAGCCUGUUCUUGCUAAGGAUCCUUUCGGAGCGCCAGGAAAACCUGGUCAGCCACAAAUCGUGGACACAGACGACGACCAUAUAGACAUUAAAUGGGACCCACCUCGUGACAACGGAGGAUCACCUAUUGAGCACUACGAUGUAGAGAGAAAGGAUUUAAAGACAGGAAGAUGGAUCAAGGUGAAUACAACUCCAGUUCACGGAACUGCGUUCUCAGAUGUCCGAGUGCAAAAAGGUCAUACUUACGAAUACAGGGUAGUAGCGGUGAACAAGAGCGGUCCAGGUGCUCCAUCAGAUCCGUCAGCUGCAGCUACAGCUAAGCCUAUGUUUGAGGCGCCUGUAUUUGACUUGGAUAUUGAUGGCAAGGAAUUCCGCGUGAAAGCUGGUGAUCCACUUGAUAUUGUCAUACCUAUGCACGGUUCUCCUACACCGGAAGUGAAAUGGACCAGAGGUGGAGUCGAAAUGCCAGGAGUAGAAACUACUGACUCGCAAACACGUCUCCUGAUUGAAAAAGCGCGUCGUAGUGAUGCCGGUCCAGUCAAGAUCAAGGCCACCAAUUCAUAUGGGGAAGCGGAAGCGAAUAUCAAGAUAACAGUUAUCGAUAAACCAGGAUCACCUGAAGGCUUAGCCAGCGAUGGAGUCACCCGACAUACAUGCACGCUCAAAUGGACACCUCCUAAGGACGAUGGAGGCUCCGAAAUCACUGGAUACAAAAUUGAAUACCAAGAAGUCGGAUCACAGAUUUGGGAGAAGGUUCCUGGAUCUGUUGCCGGUACAGCCUACACUGUUAAGGGACUUGAACAUGGCCAACAAUAUCGUUUCCGAAUUCGAGCAGAAAACCUGGUUGGCGCCUCUGAUUAUGUGACUACAGCACCUGUGCUCAUCAAAGACCCGUUCAAUCCACCCGGUGCUCCAUCAACUCCAGAAGUCACUGGUUACGACUCAAACUUGGUGUCAUUGGCCUGGAAUCCACCUAAAGAUGACGGUGGUUCGCCGAUCCUUGGAUAUGUGGUGGAAAGAUUUGAAAAGAAAGGAGGUGGUGACUGGGCGCCUAUUAAAAUGCCAUUGAUAAGAGGAACUGAGGUCACCAUUCCCAAUCUUCAUGAAGGAGAGACAUAUCAGUUCCGUGUACGAGCAGUGAAUGCUGCAGGUGAAGGUGAGGCCAGUAAUGGAACGGAUCCAGUCACAUGCAAGCCAUUCGUCGUGCCGCCUGGCGCACCUGAUCAGCCAAGAAUCGGAAACAUUACGAAGAACUCUGCUGAAGUGAUGUGGAGCAAACCGAUGAAAGACGGAGGAGCUCCUAUUGACGGAUACUUCGUGGAAAAGAAGAAGAUAGGUGAUACCGAUUGGACGAGAGUUAACUCAAAACCAACAAAGGCGACCUCUCUUGUUGUGGAUGGUCUAGGAGAAAAAGAAGAGUACGAAUUCCGUGUUGUUGCUGUGAAUUCUGCUGGAGAAGGAGAACCUUCUAAACCAUCAGAUCUUGUAGUAAUCCAAGAACAACCAGGACGACCAAUAUUCGACUUAUCAAACCUCAAAGAUAUUACUGUCCGUGCUGGAGAGACGAUACAGAUCAAAAUCCCAUACAGUGGCGGAAAUCCGAAACCUAUUGUGGAUCUUUUCAAUGGUGGAGUCCCGUUAUUUGAAAAUGACCGUACAGUCAUAGAUGUACUACCCGAUGCAAUUGUCAUCACCACCACAGACUCAAAAAGAACUGAUGCUGGUCCUUACAAGAUUGUUCUCUCAAAUCGAUUCGGCAAAGAUACAGCUAAACUGAACGUGAACGUACUGGACGUGCCUGGUAAACCUACAGGACCUAUCCGAGCAACGGAGAUCCAGGGAGAUGCCAUGACGCUACAUUGGCAGCCACCGAAGGAUAACGGUGGUGACGACGUGACCAAUUAUGUCGUUGAGAAAAGAACUCCAGGUGGAGAAUGGGAAACAGUCGGGCAUCCGGUUGGAACCUCUCUUCGGGUUAGGAAUCUUGAUCGAAAUCAAGCAUAUGAAUUCCGUGUUUCCGCCGAAAAUCAGUAUGGUGUUGGACAACCGCUUGAAACAGACGAUGUUAUUGUCGCUAAAGAUCCGUUCAAUACACCUGGAGCUCCUGGACAGCCUGAAGCUCUUGAGACUUCCGAAGAAGCAAUUGUUCUUCAAUGGACGCGGCCGUUAACCGAUGGUGGCGCUCCAAUCCAAGGAUAUGUGAUUGAGAAACGUGAAGUGGGCACCAAAGAAUGGACAAAGGCGGCAUUCGGUACAGUUCCGGACACGAAGCACAGGGUAACGGGAUUGACACCGAAAAAAGAGUAUGAAUUCCGGGUCUGUGCAACGAAUGCAGCAGGAAACGGUGAUUGGAGUGAGGAGAGCUUCCCGAUUGCGGCUGAAAGGUCGCCGACGAGACCGAUUAUCAACUUAGGAAUGCUCACUCAUGAUAUUAUCGCUUACGCUGGAGAAACUGCCAAGAUCCUCGUCCCGUAUAGCGCAUCUCCAAUGCCAAAGAUAAAAUGGUCGAAAGGAGAAAUGACGCUGGAUGAGCGUGAUAAGAGGAACAAAGUGGAAAGUAACGAUUACCUCACAACAAUGACAAUUGACUCUUGUGAGCUUAGCGACAGCGGAUUGUACACAAUUUCGCUUGAAAAUUCCAUGGGUAAGGACAGUGCUACAGUAAGACUCAAAGUAGUGGAUCGUCCAGGUGUACCCGUUGGACCGUUGGAGAUCACCGACAUCGCCCCCGACUGUUGUACUGUUUCAUGGCAACCACCAAAAUCAGAUGGUGGAUCGCCGAUCACCAAUUACAUUCUGGAGAAAUUAUGCAUGAGAGGUGCUGAUCCUCAAUGGGAAAAAGUUUCAUCCUUUAUAAGGAACACAACAUACACGGUACCAAGACUUCAAGAAGGAGAAAUGUACAAAUUCCGUGUUCGAGCGGAGAACCAGUACGGAAUUUCCGAACCACUUGAAAGCCUCGAACCGAUCAUAGCUAAGUAUCAGUUCACUGUGCCUCAUCAACCGGAUGCACCGGUGGUACGUGAUAUGGACGCUACGUGGGCCGAAGUUGAAUGGGACGCUCCGGCAAAUGGUGGAUCGAAGAUAAUCGGUUACCAAGUACAAUACCGCGAAGCAUCAUCCGCAAAGUGGAUCAACGCCAGCAAUGAUAUCACAAGCAACCUCAACUUACGCAUCAACAAUCUUCGCGACGGUGGAGAGUACGAAUUCAGAGUAUUGGCAAAGAAUGCGGCUGGCUUCUCCAAACCAUCACCUCCUUCAGAACGGGUGAAACUGAAGCCGAAAUUCGGGCCUCCUGGACCACCAAGUCAGGCCAAUGCCGUCUCUAUUGGUCGCAAUCAUGUCACACUCACCUGGGUUCCACCUCUCGACGAUGGCGGAUCUCCGAUCACCGGUUACAUUGUAGAACAAAGAGAAUACGGUAGCACGUUGUGGCUAAAGGUCAGCGACUACAAUAUCCGUGAUCCUGAAUUCACUGUUCCUGGCCUCAAAGAGUUCCACGACUACGAAUUCCGUAUCAUUGCUAUCAACUCAGCUGGAAAGGGAAUACCAUCGCUGCCCACGUCUCCAAUUAAGAUCCAGGAUUUGAACGGGUCAAGACCGAUUAUCGUUGUGAAACCAGAAGACACAGCUCAACCCUACAAUAGGCGAGCAGUGUUUGUGUGUGAAGCGGUCGGUCGUCCUGAACCUGUCUGUCGAUGGAUUAGGAACGGUAGGGAACUACCGGAAAGCAGCCGCUAUCGUUUCGAGGCGCAUGAUGGAACAUUUAAAUUCACUAUCAAGGAAGUAUGGGAUAUCGACGCCGGGGACUACACCUGUGAAGUGUCGAACGUGUACGGUAGUGACACAGCUACCGCCAAACUCAUUGUGCAAGCUCCACCUGUUAUUGAGAAGGACGUGCCGAAUACUAUCCUACCAAUGGGAGAUAUGGUUCGUCUGAAGAUCUACUUUUCCGGAACGCCUCCUUUCCAACACAGCCUUACUCUUAAUAAAGAAGAAGUUGAUGCCGACCAUCCAACUAUCCGUGUUGUUGACUUCGAUGAUCACAUUCUCAUCACCAUUCCAUCACUGACAACCCGUGAAGCAGGACGUUAUGAAUAUUUGAUUAGCAACGACAGCGGAGAGGCUUCGACAGGGUUCUGGCUGAAUGUGACAGGACUUCCGUCAGCACCACAAGGUCCGCUUCAUUUCAGCGAAGUAGGCCUUCAUCAAGUAGGUUUGUCAUGGCGACCACCAAUCAACGACGGCGGUUCGAAGAUCACGAACUACGUCAUCGAAAAGAGGGACGUUACCAAGGAAGACUGGACCGUUGUUGCGUCUAGUGUACGCGAUCUAUCAUUUAUUGUACAAGGACUAUUUGAAAAUCACGAAUAUGAGUUCCGUGUGAGCGCAGUCAACGAGAACGGUCAGGGAGCUCCACUAGUAGGGGAGAAUCCUGUGGUCACUAGACUUCCCUUCGAUCCACCAGGACCACCGCUCGAUCUUGAAGUCACCGAGAUCGGAGGCGACUUCGUUUCGCUCACGUGGCAUCGGCCAGCUUCCGACGGUGGAGGUCGCUUACGCGGUUAUAUCAUUGAGAAGUGUGAAGAUGGCGUUGAUACCUGGGUACGAUGCAAUCAGAAUCCCUCGCCUCCGAAUAUCUUCAACAUUGCUAAUCUUAUCGAUGGAAGAAAGUACAAAUUCCGCGUCGUUGCUGUUAACGACGCUGGCAUGUCCGAGCCUAUAGAGAUGGAGCCGAUGGUAUUCAAUUCGGCAUUAGGCGGAACUCCUCCAGAGAUAAUUUCUGACCUCAGCGACCAGUCCUGUGAGAUAGGCCGCGGUGCAACAUUUGAGUGUGAGAUCAGCGGUUCUCCACGGCCGGAUUACACCUGGUACAGAGGAACCAAGGAGCUUGUGGACACCUCAAGGUUUACUAUUCUAAGCAAAGGAGACACGCAAGUCCUUAUGGUCAACCAUAUCACCUCAGAAGAUGCUGGUGAAUAUACUUGUCGAGCAACAAAUAAAUUCGGAUCAAAAAGCACGAGAGCCCAGCUGGUUCUUAAGCAGAAACCACGCGUUUUUGUACCUCCUCGCUAUCACGGUGGGUACGAGGCUCAAAAGAACGAGACCAUUGAGUUGAAGAUGCCGUAUAAGGCAUUCCCACGUGCUGAAUCGAGGUGGACCAGGGACGGUGAGAAGAUCGAAAGUGGAGGUCGGUACACCAUCACGACUGAUGACAAAUUCGCCACGCUAACUAUUUCCGGAGCAACGAGGGAAGACUACGGCAACUACCGCGUUAUCGUGGAAAAUUCUGUUGGUCAAGAUUCUGCAACAGUUUCCGUCGUAGUGGCUGAUUGCCCUGAACCGCCUCGCUUCCCUAUCGUCGAGAACGUUCUAGACGAGGCUGUUAUCCUCUCGUGGAAACCUCCAAACUUGGACGGUGGAUCGCUAGUCACGCAAUACAUUGUUGAAAAGAGGGAUGUAAAUGGUGGAAUAUGGGAACCAUGUGCAAAGACCAGAUAUGCCUACCUCACAGUGGAAGGUUGUCGUCCAAAGUGCACUUACGAGUUCCGAAUCAGCGCCGAAAACAAGUAUGGUGUAUCGCAGCCUUGUGAGCCAACGGCUCCCGUGCUCAUUCCUGGCAACGAGCGCAUUCGUAGGAGAGGCUAUGACGUGGACGAUACGGGUAAGAUAAUCCGCGGUAAAGGUCCAACGUUAGGAAAUUAUGACGCUUAUGUGAUUGACGUAUGGAAGCAAUACUAUCCGCAACCAGUUGAGAUCAAACACGAUUCUGUUCUUGAUCACUACGAUAUUCACGAGGAGAUUGGAACUGGUGCAUUUGGUGUGGUACAUCGAUGCACUGAACGUGCAACCGGAAACACUUUUGCCGCGAAGUUCGUGAACACUCCACACGAAGCAGAUAAGGCCACCGUUAGGAAAGAAAUUAACACUAUGUCCGCUCUACGACAUCCAACCCUAAUCAAUCUCCAUGAUGCAUUCGAAGAUGACAAAGAAAUGGUUAUGAUCUAUGAAUUCAUGUCCGGAGGUGAAUUGUUCGAGAAAGUGGCUGACGAUUCAAACCGAAUGACCGAAGCUGAGGCGAUUGACUAUACUCGUCAAGUUUGCAAAGCUCUUUGCCAUAUGCACGAGAACAACUACGUGCAUCUCGACCUAAAACCAGAAAACAUCAUGUUCACAACGAAAAAGAGCAACCAACUUAAGCUGAUCGACUUUGGCCUUGCCUCCUAUCUUGAUCCUAAAGAAAGUGUCAAGGUAACCACGGGAACAGCAGAAUUUGCCGCACCAGAAGUGGCAAAUGGUGAUCCUGUCGGAUACUACACUGAUAUGUGGAGUGUAGGAGUUCUAGCAUACAUAUUGUUAUCAGGCCUCUCGCCUUUCGGUGGCGAAACUGAUGAGGACACACUCAAAAAUGUGAAGAAAUGUGAUUGGAAUAUGGACGAUUCGCUAUUCAAUCAAGUCUCAGAUAAUGGAAAGGACUUCAUUCGUAAACUACUUAUCUUAGAACCAGAGAAACGUAUGACAGUUCAUGAAGCACUUGCGCAUCCUUGGCUAUCUGGAAGCGAUACGGGUAGUGAUAACGUUAUUCCGAGCAGUCGAUAUACCAAUAUUCGUGACCGAAUCAAGCUCAAAUAUGAUGCUUGGCCAGAACCGAUGCCACCGCUAGGUCGUAUUUCGAACUUCAGCUCACUUAGAAAACAUCGUCCUGCAGAGUAUCACAUGCACGACGCCUUCUUCGAUCGCUCUGAAGCUCAACCGCGAUUCAUUAUCAAGCCAUACAGUACAACAGUAACAGAAGGGCAAAGUGCAAACUUCUAUUGUCGAGUGAUCGCUUCGUCACCUCCCGUCGUCACUUGGCAUCAUGAUAUGACAGAACUGAAGCAGAGCGUCAAAUACAUGAAGAAAUAUAACGAUAACGACUAUGCACUCACGAUAAAUCGGGUGAAGAUGGAUGAUAAAGGAGAGUACAUUGUAAGAGCAAAGAACUCAUACGGAUCGAAAGAGGAGAUCGUCUUCCUUACCGUACUCAAGAAGGGCGAGACAUUCGUUUCAGAGCCCUUGGAACCUAUGCGGAAAGCACCCACACCACCGAAGAUCGAAGAGUUUAAGGAGAAGGAAAUCCCUCCAAGUUUCACUUUCCAUCUUCGCCCGCGACUUAUUCAAAAGAAUCAUCAAUGCAAAUUGAUAUGUUCUUUGCAAGGUUAUCCAAUUCCCAAAGUCGAAUGGUUCAAGGAUGGGUCACCAGUAGACCAAGACCGUGUACAAACUACAUUCCGAAGUGGUGUGUGCACAUUGGAGAUCUUCAACACACGAUUAGACGACGCAGGCGUCUACAGUUGCACAGCAACAAGUCCUUUAGGAGAAGCUACCACUGAAUGUGUGGUUACAGUCCAAACGAAAGGUGGAGAACCUAUUCCACGCGUCUCCUCUUAUCGCUCCUCUUAUAGUAGAAGAUCAGCAUAUGAUUCGUUAAAUGUCAGCAGUGUGGAAAGGUCACGAUCUUACGCUGAUAUUCGAUCGGAUUCGUCUUAUGCUCGCUCACCAGCACUUUCUCCUGAUACGCGGUCAGCCGCUGAUGAUCUUAAGCUGAAAAUUUCCACGGAACCACCGAAUUUCACAUCCAAGCUACGCGACGUAACUGUCAAUCAGGGAGAGUCGGUUGAAAUGUCUUGCGAGGUUGAAGCAACUCCAUCACCACUUAUUGAAUGGCUUCACAACGGUGAAAAAGUUACCGACGCACGACUAAUGACGUCAUAUUCUGGUGGAAAAGCGACGCUAAGGAUUUCUGAGGCAGAGCCCAGCGAUGCAGGAGAAUAUAUGUGCAAAGCGAGCAAUUCGGCAGGACACGAGUCUUGCAGAGCAAAUCUUUCAGUACAUCCUAACAUCAAUGGAAGCGUGGACGACACGAAUGUGAAUGAAAUGGAUGGUGCCGUGAACGACAUAGAUAGUGCCGUGAACGAUGUUAAUGGUGUGGACAGCAGUGAGAAGGGCGAGAAUGGAACAAGGGAAGAAGGAUUACGAGUUGUCCGACAUCUUGCUGGACAGAUCGUCGAUGCAGGAUCAUCUGCCACUUUUGAAGCAUGUAUCGCUGGCGAACCUGAUCAGAUUGUAUGGACUAAGAAUGGGGCAGAGAUCAAAAGUGAUGAUCGACUAGAAAUAGCUAGGGAUGGCGAACGAUACCGACUAUCGAUUAGUGAUGUCACAUCAGCCGACGCUGGUCCGUAUCAAAUAGAAGUCCAACAAAAAGGGGUCAAAUUGGUCUCUGUAGCUUCGCUCAUCGUAUCAGGAGGUGCAAAUGAACCACCUGUGACCAAGUUACCUGGAUCCGUUAGCGUUUCCUCCGGGUCAGCAACGAAACUAGUGCUUGAAAUGUCGAACCCCGAAGGCUAUACUGUACAGUGGUUCAAAGGAACUGAAAAGGUAGAAAAAUCAGAGCGGAUGAAAUCCGUGAAAUCGGGAGGCUCAUUUAAACUAGAUUUCAAGACAGUGGAACCCACAGACGAAGGCCUUUACGUAGUAAAAGUAAUCAAGGACAAGAAAGCGGUUGCUAAGUACGUCGCUGCAGUACUUGUAGAACCAUAG